AGGAGCGUCACAGUCGUUUAGCCCAAACCAAAACAAGCUAACUGUUAGCGGAGCGCCUGGGAGCGAAAAACUGCGGCAAAACCCCACUACCUGGCGCAGAUGAAACCGCUACGUGUCCAACGCAGACUAGACGGUGAACUAAGCAGACAGCUGGGCCACAAACUGGUCACCUAGCUCGCCUUUCCACCAUGAAUUUGAGAGGACUCUUUCAAGAUUUCAAUCCGAGUAAGUUCCUGAUCUACUCAUGCCUGCUGCUGUUCUCCGUGUUGCUGUCCCUGAGGUUGGACGGAGUCAUCCACUGGAGCUACUGGGCUGUAUUCACCCCAAUAUGGCUGUGGAAGCUCCUGGUCAUCAUCGGGGCCUCAGUGGGCACCGGGGUGUGGGCGCACAACCCCCAGUACAGGGCUGAAGGGGAGACAUGCGUGGAGUUCAAGGCCAUGCUGAUAGCGGUGGGCCUCCACGUCCUGCUGCUGAUGUUUGAGGUGCUCGUGUGUGACCGCGUGGCGAGGGGAAACUACUUCUGGCUGCUGGUCUUCAUGCCUCUCUUCUUCGUGUCACCCGUGUCUGUGGCGGCCUGCGUCUGGGGGUUCAGGCACGACCGCUCCCUCGAGCUGGAGGUGCUGUGCUCGGUCAACAUUCUCCAGUUUAUCUUCAUCGCUCUGAAGCUGGACACGAUCAUCAACUGGCCCUGGCUGGUGGUAUGUGUCCCCCUCUGGAUCCUGAUGUCCUUCCUGUGCCUUGUUGUCCUCUACUACAUCAUCUGGUCCGUCCUCUUCCUCCGCUCCAUUGACAUCAUCGCAGAGCAGCGCCGCACUCACAUCACCAUGGCAAUCAGCUGGAUGACCAUCGUCGUGCCCCUCCUCACCUUUGAGAUCCUUUUGGUCCACAAGCUGGAUGGCCACAACAAGUUGAGUUACGUGUGUGUGUUCGUUCCUCUCUGGCUCUCCCUGCUCACACUCAUGGCCACCACCUUCGGUCAGAAAGGAGGAAACCACUGGUGGUUUGGCAUCCGGAAGGACUUCUGCCACUUCCUGUUGGAGCUCCUCCCCUUCCUGCGAGAAUACGGCAACGUGUCGUACGACCUUCAGCGCAGCGAAGACCCCGAGGCGGUCGAGGAUCUACCCGUCCCCGAGCCGCCACCAAAGAUCGCCCCCAUGUUCCACAAGAAGACCGGCGUGGUGAUCACCCAGAGCCCCGGGAAGUACUUCGUCCCCCCGCCUAAACUCUGCAUCGACAUGCCCGACUAAUAAAAACAACCAAAAUGGUGGAGAGCGCUGCGAUUGGUUUCUUUGACUGUCUUGAGGGACGUGGUCCUGAGUUUGGUGACACAUUAGAGUAAAUAUGGUGGAGGAUCCAGACGCCUCACUGGUUUCGCUGGCUUAUCCCCUGCCAAAACUCUGCAUUGACAUGGCUGUCCAGGAUGGGACCAUGGAACCAAAACGAUAGACGGCUUUGUUUUGACCCAGUGGCAAAGUUUUGGUGACUUGUUUACCGUGGAUCAUCAGCAUCAUGAUUCCCAAUCUUAUCCAUAACUAUUAAUAAGGAUACUGGGAAAGACUAAGCGUUUGGAUCUCACUUUGAUCUCGACAUUUCACUUGACUGAUUUACAGGAGCUGAAGCAAAAUUGUUGUAUCUGCAUGGACCUGAGUGUUGGACCCGGUAACAGCAGUCGAUCUCUGCUCUGGAUUCAACAACCAUCUUUAUGUAAGAUGAUCAAGAUAAACGAUACUUGCCUCGCUCUCUGAUGGGGACCAUUACACAGAUUCUCUGGGUUACAUUCGGGAUCAUCUUACCCCUGUCGCUUGGUCUUUUUGGUUGGAGGAGUGGUGGGUGUUUUUAAAAUUAGAACAACUGAAAUGGCACUUUCUUUAUCUGUACCAAGAAGACUCUUUUUUUUUUUUUUUUUUUGUAAAUAGCAUAAAUUGUCAAGUUGGGGACCAGAAUGGAGAUGGCAGAUUUUGAAUUAAGAGGCGAACCGGGGCCAAAUAUUAUUUGCAGAUAAGUAAUGGCUGUUAUUGUUAUUGCAGCCUUGCUGUGCUGUGGGUGCAAUCGAGACAUUAUUAAUUCAGGAGGUGUUCGGGAAGUUGGCAGUAAAAGUUGACUUCUAAAUAAUUUCUUAUGAUUGUGAAAAAAAAAUGCUGGCACUCAGUUCUUUGUUUUUUUUGGGGUUUUUUUUGUUUUUUUUUGUCAAAUCCUCCCAUCUGGCACCUAACUAGGCUGAUAAAAUUGAAGUAUGACUCCUGAGAUGAUUCCCUAUAUUCCCUAUAGCCUAAUCCCUAAUCUCAAACCACCCUCCACUAGUAUGUGCACAUUGUCACAUUUUUACCAAUAAUUAAAUACAGAAAUAUGAAAACAAUCAUGCUGAUCUCAUGCUCAAUCAUUUUUAUUUCUACUUUGUGUUUGACGACCUAAUUGCUGGAGUUUGUUUGACAUUUUGUAGUGGGUAUUCACGGGUUUGCAAGCCGUGGAUACAUUUUUGUACGUGUAGGUUUUUAUUUUGUUUAUUCUUUUAUAUCUCGGGGACAUCUUAAAUAAGAUGGUCUGAUUUGCCUGUUGAGAGAAUUGAUGAAUGCCGUAAUGUUGCGGGCCGGGCAGAAAACGGAUGUGUUUUCCUCUGGUGACAGUGGCUGGUGGAUUCCCACUCAUCACCAGACAUCUUCACUGUUUUGUCAGCCAAACUGAAUUUUAGAAUUAAAGGAGAAUUUUCACCCUCA